GUGAUGUGAAGAAGCUGAAGUGAACUGAAUGAAUGCUGUAGUGAAGUGAACUGAUCUGGAGUCUGUCGGCGCUGCUGCUCAUGAUCAUGAUGGUGCCUCUGGGUGGGAAUGAGGACAGGACCCGAUACACAACAUUACAGAGGCCUCAAGCGUCUUUAUAACACUGCCGCAACAGAAGCAAGCAGGAGGACACACGGCCAGGACUGAGCUCCUCCCUCAGGAUCAUGGGAGAGAAUGGCCCUCUCACGGUGACAGCCAUGCUCUUUGAGGACGAGGAAGAGGAUGUGGACAAACUGGGACAAGAGGAGGAAGAUGAGGACAAGAUGGCCGACUAUGACAAAGACGACGACAUAAUCUCGGGACCCUCGUCCUCCUCGGGGAGGGUCUACGAUCGCACCACCGUGCUCAUCGAGCAGGACCCCAUCCGCCUGGACGAGGAGGGCGAGGAGGACGGCAUGUCCUUCCUGCAGGAGGGAGAGUGUGAGGGGGACGAGGGCUCUCUGGCCUUCAUGGGGGACCCGGAGGGCAUGUCCCAGGGAUACAUACACCACACCAUCUCUGCGGACCAGAUACAGUUCAUAAUCAACCCGGGGUCCACCCCUAUGCCACGAAACAUCGAGGGUGCAACGCUGACGCUUCACUCCGAGUGCCCCGAGACCAAGCAGAGAGAGGUGAAGCGAUACCAGUGCAUGUUCGAGGGCUGUACGCGCACCUACAGCACGGCGGGAAACCUGCGCACGCAUCAGAAGACGCACCGCGGGGAAUACACGUUUGUGUGCAACCAGCAGGGCUGUGGCAAAGCCUUCCUCACGUCCUACAGCCUGAAGAUCCACGUCCGAGUCCACACGAAAGAGAAGCCCUUCGAGUGUGACGUCCAGGGCUGUGAGAAAGCCUUCAACACUCUCUACAGACUGAAAGCACACCAGAGGCUGCACACGGGGAAGACGUUCAACUGUGAAUCAGAGGGAUGCACCAAGUACUUCACCACACUCAGUGACCUGAGGAAGCACAUCCGCACACACACGGGGGAAAAGCCUUUCCGGUGUGAUCACGAUGGCUGUGGUAAGGCUUUCGCUGCUAGUCAUCACCUGAAGACACAUGUACGGACACAUACUGGAGAGAAGCCGUUUUUCUGUCCGAGCGAUGGCUGUGAGAAGACCUUCAGCUCUCAGUACAGCCUGAAGAGUCACAUUCGAGGUCAUGAUAAAGGCCCAGCGUUCUCCAUGAGCAGUCAUCCUCUGUCAGAGGAUGGGAAUCACUCGCUGUGCCUCAGUGAUUUGAGCCUCAUUUCCACAGACUCUGAGCUCCAGGAGAACCACAAUUCUCAGGGUUUGGAUCUGAACAGCGUCACCCCCAUACGAAUCUUUGAGCUGAUGUUCCAGAGUCCUGAGAACAGUGUCAGCCCGGAUGACCCAAAACCCACAGAUAACCUGGCAGAGUCUUUUGGCCUUGAGUCGUCAUCUCAGACAGCUACUGCAGAAGAGUCCACUCAGCCCCCUUCAUCCACCUCUUCCCCAUCCAGCUCCAUCACGACCUCUGCUUUGGAGGCUCAGACUCCACCUACAGCACUCCCCUCUCAGUCUGCCCCACCUCCUCCCACUGUCAGCAGCUCAUUGCUGAGCUCCACUUUCCCUUGUGCUCCACCCACCUCUUCACACUCACCCGAAGUGCCCGCUCCAUCUGCACCAUCAGUCGCCCAGCAUUACAUGACAAUGACCUCUACGGCUGAGCCGGUGCCUCCACCAUCCGCGCCCGGAGUCUCCAGCGCACCAACAGUGACGACUGAGGUGACGGCGACAGUAACGCACACAGUGCCUUUGGCUCCUCCACCUCCUCCUACGAUCACUAUCGCCCCCCAGCUCGGCCUGCAGCCCAAUAUCGUCAUGUCUGACCAGAACCUGCAGUGGAUCCUCAGCAGUGCCGCCAGCGCGCAGCAAAACCCUGAACAACAGGGCCCAAAAGUAGAGAAGGUCUUUUUUACAACAGCCAUACCAGUCGGUGGACAUUCAGGGAGCGCAGUGCAGCAGAUCGGCCUGAGUCUGCCGGUCAUCAUCAUAAAGCAGGAGGAGUCCUGUCAGUGUCAGUGUGCCUGCAGAGACUCGGCGAAAGACAAGAGCGCUGCUUCCUCGCUGGAGAAGUCGAAGAACACAUCGCCUCCUCCUCCUGCACCUGCUCCAGCUCCUCCUGCCCUCCCCGAGGAGCCUCCAUCCUGCUGCCCAUCCGAAGAGACCCCCGCUCGGCCCGCUCCGGUGACCCCCAUCACCCCCAGCGAUGGCCUGGCCGGCAUGGACGUCUCCGAUCUGCUCAGUCCAGACACCACGGCCAGCAUAGAGGCCCUGCUGAUUGGGGCGGAGGAUUUGGCCGUGCCUGAUGGAGGCAGCAGCAGCGCCCCCUAGAGGCUCAGGCCUCACCCUUCAUCUGUACCGUGUACAGAUGGGUAUCUCACACACACCUGUACCUCUGCUAUAGGCAUGCAUCUCUCCUGAUACAAGUGUGUGCACUUUUAAGGGAGAGUAGCAGGCGGGGCAGUUUAGGGCACCAGGAAGAGUAGUUUAGUUGCUUCUCAUAAUGAUUUAAUGAUUGUCGGUAGUGUUUUAACCCCGCUGUUUUGUUCGAUUAUUUCAAAGAUUAUUUAAAGAUCUAAAUCGGCUUAUAGAGAUUCACCAUAUUAAAAAAUAAAGAGGUUUUGGCCGGGCAUAUGCUGUGCUUGAGUUUAAACUUGAGACCCUUUAGAUCGAUGGGACUUAAGAAGCAAGGCCUUUGUCACAGUUUAUGAGUAAUGAAGUCAUCUUCAUCCUGCACAUUAAAACAUUGAAGUAUUUUAUGUAUAAUUUAUUAUAAAGGCUGCAGUGCUCAUAAUAAUAAAAAUAAUAAUGUGAUUUUGUCAUUCUGGAUAAACUGCAAUGAACACUUACCUGCCUUUUAAAAUGUAAUUUAGAGGUUUGUUUGGCUGCCUGUAGCUAAGUAUUUAAUUUUAUUAUGUUAAUUUAUUAAAAUACUCAAUUGUUGGAUAAAUGUAGCUCUCUUUCCCAGCUUUUCACAAAAUGUUCCUUUUCUGUUGCCCCAAACUAGAAAACUGACUAGAACAUUUUGUACGGGUCAUAUUUCCCACCAUCAAAAGAACAAAUAUAAAAUGUGACUGUUUGCAUAAAGAAAAUUAACCCUAUUUAUUUAUUUAUUUUUAUUGGUUUGAAUAUUAGUGACAAUUUCAUACCCAAGUCUCAUUAUAAUAAUGUAAAACAACAAAAAGUGUUUAAAUAUAUUUAUAUAUAUUUUUUUCAACUGAAUAGAAUUUAUUAUAUAGAAUAAUCAAGUUUUUGUUAAUAUGAAGCCACACACAUAACAUGAGGAAUAUAAUAUAAUAUAGUGCGUGUAUAUAUAUAUAUAUAUAUAUAUCAUGGCCAUGAACUAUGAAUUCAUUCAUAUAGCCACAAUUUAAAUAUUUGUUCACUCAUUUUUUUUUUUUUUUUUUUUUUUUUAUAAUCAUGACCACUAUUUACUCUUUUAGUUAAAAACCAAUUAGGGAACAAAUUAGUUUGUGGCCAUGAUUUAUUAAAUCGAAAAAAAUAAAAAUGUGGCAUUGAAUUAAGAAUCUGUGUGAAUGAGUUAUGUCAUGUGUGGGGCUCCAUAUAUUAAUAAAAUGCAUAAAAUAGAUGUUUGUUUGGUUUUCCUUUUGAUCUUUGGAAGAAAUAUGAUCUCUCUUUGUCUUUGUGAUGGGCAGUGGUUGGGUUUCUCUCAUUGUUUCCCAUCUCUCAUCAGUGUCUCCCUGCACUUUUCCCUUCGCCAAACCCAUUUCUAAAGCCUCCAGUUUCUGUUGUGACCCGCUCAGGGAUACAGAAAAACAUGCAGCGGCAUAUUCUGAGGGUGUGUGUGUGUGUGUAUGUGUGUGUAUGUGCGUUUAUUAAGGGUUCCAGACCAGAUAAGCAGACACAACUCAUCAGACCUGUUGUUUUGUAGUGCACUACCCAGCCACGGUUCAGCCGCUCGUUUAUACACCACUGCUGUAUAGAGGCUCUAAAGAGCUGACCGUCAUCUAAAUACAAAUAUUCGAGCCUUUAGAUUGUAUUUGUAUUUUUGUAUAGAACUGAGGAAUCAGACUCUGGAUGUGAGAUGAGAUGAGAGCCGUGGCUCUGCACUGCCUUUACUGUCACCUGUGCGUCUCUGAUGCAGAUCCUUGUGUUUCAGACUCCAGAAGCACAAGAAUUGCCUUACAACUCCUGAUAGUCAUUUCAUUUCAUCAUGGACUAGACGUGGAGAAUCUGAAUCGGAUCGAUAUUACUGAGCGAGCCUUUUCCUAUCCAGUGCCAAAUUAAACGGUGAACUGACAGUGAAUCUGUGUACAUCGCUCAAUCAGUAGCUUUAUUUAGCCACUACAUUUUCUUUUUAAAUAGCUAUUAUUGAGACCCUUGCGAAUAACAUUAUAGUGCAAUCUGUUUGAACAAUGCAGUUUUUCCAGGAUAAAUGCAUGCACUUUGGGGUCCAGCCAAUGUAAUGAUGCUUUCCGACCUUAUUAUUCGUUCACAUUUCCGCAUAGGACUCUAGUUUUGACAGUUUAGAUGAAAGAUUAAUUUCGAUUGAAGUCUGUUAUUAUCCAUCACCUAACAGAAAUGAGUAGCUAUGCAAUGUGAUGGAGCAUAUAGAAGAGCACCAGUCCAUCUGUUCAUGUUCAGAAGUAACCGAUCGUGUGUGAGGAGCACUCAGUGGUGAAACAGCCGUGUCCUGUUGCGUUGAGGAUUUCAUGUUUAAAAGCCUUUGUUUUUUCCUCACGUCUCAUCUAUCAACAUGUUUGUGUUGUGUACAGUUAUGUUUGAUGUGACUUUGUAUCUGGGCAUUGCAAUGUUAUAUAUAUAUAUUAUUUGUAUAUGUAUAUAUUUUUUUUCCUAAUGAAAAUUAUGGCUGCUUCAGUGUAACUUUUUGUUCUUAUCGACCCCCACAUGACGAUUUUGCAUUUGUUUUAAUGUUGGAAAAAUACUGGUGAAAGAACUAUUUGUUUGAGCACCAAGUCCUGAUUUUAUUCUUGCUCAAGAUCAGCUCUUGUUCAUGUGAACCCACAAUGUUGUCUUGAAUCAUUCCACCGUUUCCAUCAUCAUUACGCUUUCGUUCACACAUGGGUCUUUUCAAGGCAUUCGCUUAUGAUUUGGUCUUUCAGUGCGACAGACUAGCUUACACAACAGUUAUUUUUCAUAGGUAUUUAUUCUGGUUCAGGCAGCGUCACAGGACACUAGACAAGAGGAGAUGUUGUUCUGGUCUGUUAGUCGAGUCAGGAGCUCGAGGUAAAGAGGAAACUAAUGCUUCCAUAAAAAUUGCUUUUGAUACCCAAAGUGUGAGGAAACUGUAAAGAUCUGUAUUUUUAAAGAAUGUAUAAUGUGAAAUUUUUUUCUCAUAUGCUUGUUUUGUAUUAUGUAUUAUGGCGAAGUAAUAACUUUUUGAAUCAAAAAGCAAUACAAUACCAGUAAAAUCCUG